AUGACGCUUUUUGAAUCGUUUGCUAACGAGUUAUUGCUUGAACUUUUUGAAUAUUUCGAUACUGUUCAUUUACUUCGUGCCUUCACACGACUGAACGUACGCUUCACUACUUUACUUUAUCAACAUUUUCGAUCGUAUCAUCUUGAUUUCACACAUAUCUACAAACGAGAUUUUGUUUACUUGUGUGAACAACAUCUUCGCUUAAUUACCAAUGGAAUCGUUUCACUUCGUUUGACAGGCCACAAUGAAACUCCCGGUUUAUUCAAACAAUUUCUUACUUACGGCUUUCGUUUGGAUCAGUUCGCUCGUUUGCAAGCUGUGUCAUUCAAUCGCUUUGACUAUGGUGACAUCAUCGAAUUCUUAGGCAAAGGUAAUCAAUUGACACAUCUUAUUAUCGACGAAUGUAAUAUGUUUAUGACAUCAAGCGAUUCGCCUCACUCCAUUAAUCAAAUAUGGAAUCUACCGAAACUAACGCAUUUCAAGCUGACUAACUGCUAUUUAGAACAUAUCGAUUUCUGUCGCUUAGCCAUUAUCUCCAAUAGUCUCCAAAGUUUAUCUAUUCGAACAGGAUUGGGAUGUUCAUUCAGUACUCUAGUGAAAAUCUAUCAAUGUUCACCUUGUCUUCAACAUCUAUCUGUAUGUAUUGAAUUAUACGAUGAGAGUGAGAAACUUCCCAUCGUUCUCACGACACUUAGCACAUUAGAACUACAACUCUGUAACACAACAAAUGUAUUACAAGACUUUCUCCACAAUGUCCCCAAUUUACGGCAUUUAACAGUCGACAGUUUGAGCAGCCAUUUGAACGGACAUGAAUGGCAGGAAAUUAUUGUUGAAUAUAUACCUAAACUUACCGUAUUACAAUUCAAAAUGCUUGUUUACACAUUAUCUGCUGAUAAAAUUGACAAGGAAAUCGCUGACUUACUGGACACAUUCCGAAUACCGUUCUGGUUAGAACAACAUCAAUGGUAUGUUCGAUGUGAUUGGAACUCAGACAUAAUUGGCAGCCGAUACGGAUAUCUCUAUACGUUACCGUUUGCGUUUGAUUCGUUUACGGAGACAACAUGCCAAAAAUCACAAUGGACUGGUCCUAGCAAUGAAAUAUCUUUGUCAUUCAAACACGUGCAUAGCCUUUUCGUUGGUACAUCACUGCAUCUACAUCCUACGUAUUUUUCCAACGUACGUGAAGUCAAGACCACUGUUCCUUUACCAAAGCAGUUCACAUCUACUGUGCUCUCGUUCAAUAGUUUGAUUGCGUUAAAACUGUUUUUGUAUGACGAACAUCGAGCGCCCGAUCUACAAACUAUCUUAGAUCAAACACCACAUCUCUACUCGCUGACAAUCGAAGAUCGAGAUGCUUCAACACUGCGCUUCGUAUCCAAACUGAGGUGCGCAUCUCUCCGUCGACUGAUAUUUAUUCCUCGUCUUACUCCUGAUGUUUUCUUCUUUGACGACACGGACUGCAUAGCAUUUGCUCAAUCCUCUCUGGCACAUCAAUGCGAAGUUCUAGAGAUUCACGUCAAAUCAUACGCCAGUGCAAUCAAUGUUCUACAAGCAAUGCCAAACCUUCGAGCAUUGACACUUUAUAUCAGUGAUGACGAACUUCCUCACGUUAGACACGUGUCAUUUCGCCAGAGAAUGAGCUCUCUAUGGAGAAGGCUAUACGCGUGUAACGGUUCUACUAGUAAAUCAUCGAAUCUAUCAACUCCUGAAAUGAUCAAGUGGUUAAAGACUGAUUUAUCUAAAAGAUGCUGGACUAGUAUAAGCAGCGGUUGGAAUGGGGAUUUUUAUUUGAAAUUCUGGGGUAAUUAA